CUGCGUGCGUGGGAAUACCCCCGAAGAACACUCGGCCUUCUUUUAUUACCCGUACGCUGCCAACAGAGCCAGGGGAGACGGCAUAACGGACCGCCAUGCUGGUGUCGCGGGUGCCGUGGUGCUCGCUGUGCCGGGGGGCACUGCGGCGGGCUACCGGGGCAGGUAGCGGCCCGGCAGUGUCUGGCCGUCGGUGGUUCUCCCAAGACGUGAUCAAGGAGCUCGAGGCUAUCUUCGGCCCCAAGAACGUCAGCACCACCGAAGCUAUCAAGGAGCAGCACAGCCGCGACGAAGGGCCACACUCGCCCUCACCACCGGACGUCGUCGUCUUCGCCCAGGACACCAGCCAGGUGAGCCGGACGGCCAAGCUGUGCUACCAGAAGGGGAUUCCCAUGAUGCCGUUCGGCAGCGGCUCCGGCCUUGAAGGCGGCGUGAAUGCCGUGAAGGGCGGCGUCUGCAUCGACGUCUCCCAGAUGGACAAGAUGGUCGAACUGAACGCCAGCGACUUCGACGUGGUCGUCGAGCCGGGCCUCACGUGGCGCAACCUGAACCAGCAGAUCCGCGACACGGGUCUCUGGUUCCCCGUCGACCCGGGCGCCGACGCCUCGCUCGGCGGCAUGUGCGCCACCAGCGCGUCGGGCACCAACGCUGUGCGGUACGGGACGAUGCGGGAGAACGUUCUCAACUUGGAGGUUGUGCUUCCGGACGGUACGGUGGUUAACACGGCGGGCAAGGGGCGUCGCACGCGCAAGACAUCCGCGGGUUACAACUUGACCAACCUGUUCGUCGGCUCUGAAGGCACGCUGGGCAUCAUCACGCAGGCCACACUUCGACUUCACUCGGCACCCCAGGUGAUCGUGGCGGCCGUGUGUCCCUUCCCGACCACGACGGCGGCCGUCGAGGCCGUGGUUCAGACGCUGCAGUGCAACGUCCCCGUGGCCCGCAUCGAGUUCCUAGAUGAGAACACCAUCACGGCUUGCAACAAGUACAGCAAGACCAACUACAAGGUGACGCCUACCCUGUUCCUCGAGUUCCACGGUUCCUCGGACCAAGCCGUCAGAGAGCAGGUGGACAUCGUGACCGAGAUUGCGCAUAGUAACGGCGCAUCGGAGCUGCAGUGGGCGCGCGAGCCUGAGGAGCGCAGCAAGCUCUGGAAGGCGCGGCACGCCAUCUUCUACGCCACGUGCGCCCUGCGCCCAAACACGCGGUGCUAUGUCACCGACGUGUGCGUGCCCAUUUCGCGGCUGCCGGCGCUGGUGGCGGUCGCCAAGGAGGACAUCGAGCAGCACGGCAUCCUGGCCACCGUGGUUGGUCACGUGGGUGACGGCAACUUCCACACAAUGAUGCUGUUCGACCCGCAGGACCCAAAGGAUACCGCCAACAUCUUCGACGUAGCUCACAAACUGGCCAGCAGGGCUCUGGACCUGAACGGCACGUCAACGGGUGAACACGGUAUCGGGAUCGGCAAGCGCGGUCUGCUGGUCCGAGAGCUUGGCGAGAGCGGCAUCCAGCUUAUGCGCACGCUCAAGAACGCCGUUGACCCGAAGGGCAUCAUGAACCCGGGAAAGCUGUUCCUCUAGUGAUGCAUUCGCGCGGGCCACUUGGCAUCUUGCCACGAUGAGCGCUCAAAGUCGCUGUGAUGAUCGUGCUGGACUAUGGCGAUGCGAAAAAAAGGACAGUCUGCGUGAGCGAGAAACGCAGCACGCAACUAUUGGGAACGGUGCAGACAAAUCGAGGCGCAUGACUGGCCGCAAAAAUCUCAUUGCUUUAAAGCGAUAAUCUUGUAUGCUCCGUCUUGUGAUUUCAGACUUUAUGGAAAAUUGGAGGUAGAGGGGAAGAGAGACCGUCGCGUAAAGUUUAUGGCGUGCUUGUCUAACGGCAGUGCUUAUUUGUUUACCACCUCUCUCGGUGGUGGUGUCGGGCCACUACGGUUCAUGUCUUAAAAAACAAUGAAACCUUGAUUUCACGGUCUAUCCUAAACUAAAAGGUCACCCAAUACUACCGUAAAUAGCUGCCAUUUUCAGACGUAUUCUUUCCGCGUGAUAUUCUGACGCAGCCACUGAUGUCGCAUUUCAUUGUAGGAUGUCGCUGAAUAAGGAUUUCUAAUGUACGUACACAUGAACAUAUUCGUUCAUUCAUGGAGCCGUGGCAAGCUAGUCGUCUUGUUCGUGUAGCAGGGCAGAAACACACGAUCAAAUGUUCAUCUAGAGCUCUUAUUGUUUCCAGCUUUAUCUAGAAACCAGAAAAUCGGAGUGCGCUGUGUACAGAAUUAAGAAUUGAGUCACAAGUAGUGUAAAAAACAACCUUGCAUAAGUUCUUGAGCAGUAUUAGCAAAGCGUAUGUAUUUGUUUAUAAAAAAGCGGCUGUGGGCGCUUCAUCUUUCUUUUAUUUUCUCAGGAUUGUAAGUCACGCAGCUGAGAUACUUAUCAUCCUGUACCAUGAGUGUCCGUGACACUUCAUUUCAGCAUGUGACAACGUGUAGGCAGUAGUCAGUUUAUUUAAGUCAUGUCUUGACAAAGUAAAUAUCUGCGUAAAUAUCUGCGUAAAUAUUCUGUGGUAAUGUUCCAAAUGCUCCGAUACCAUUUUGUCCUUUGUAUAGUGGUGUUUUAUGAACCCCAUGGGAGCCUUAUCAGCAGCGUCUCUGGUGUCUAUAAGCAACUGCGAUGUUGGAACUAUCCAUCACGAUACGCAACUACGCAAGUAAUUCGACCGUACGCAGAUGCAGGCAGAAGAAAUAAAAAAUUAAGCGUACGUAUUUCGUUCUACUGUGGUGAGAAGUGCAUAACUUUUUAUGUUCCCGAAUGCCUCAGCAAAUCACAGGUUAGGAUGUAAUAAAGAUAAUGCGCGAACAAGCAUAAAAAUUUGGAGAAAAAGCUAUGUUAGAAACGAAUGCCAGAGUAUACCUGUUCUUUAUGACAUGCUUUAAUGUGCAUGCGGGAAGUGCACUAACCUGGUAUGCGACGCUACCUGGGCUGUCCUACAGUUGUCGCUGGUAAGCACUGUAUUUACGCUUCAAAACACAUCCAGGACACCGUUAACACUCCACACAUAGUCACCAAAGAAACGAUUCAACAUGUUGUGAAUAAUUUUUGAAGUUACAGCUUUCAAAUGUAUUUUUAGGUUUUUACGACGCUGCGAAGUACAAAUAAAGGUGUUCGUCCACAUCAAA